AGCGUCUCACUUGAUUAGCGGCUGAGCCAGCAGCAAUCGCAAUUAAAUCUGUAGCAAAGAUGAUGCUCGUGCUGGUGUGGCUGCUGCUUAGCCUCCUACUGCCAUGUGGUUUGGGACAGCAUUCGGAUAUUGUGCGCUCUUGCACGCGUCUCAAACAGAGCGUGUUCGAGGAGACGCUGGACUACAGUUUUAUAUUUCCCGGCGCGUCCAUUCAGCGCCGCACUGUGGACAAUUGCCGCAGCUAUACGCCUCUCAUUGUGGGCGGUCAUCCGGCCAAUCCCAAGGAGUUUCCACACAUGGCACGGCUCGGACGUCGCCUGGAGCUGGGCAGGCGAAUGGAUUGGUUCUGCGGCGGCACAUUGAUAAGUGAACGCUUCGUGCUAACCGCUGCCCACUGCCUGGAAUCGGAACAAGGUGAGGUGAAUGUGGUGCGUCUGGGCGAGCUGGACUUUGACACGUUUGAGGAUGAUGCUGCUCCAAGGGACUACAAUGUGGCGGGCUAUCUGACGCAUCCGAACUAUGCGGAUCCACAGCUCUACCAUGACAUCGGACUGGUCAAGCUGGCAGAGGAUGUCGUAUUCGAUCUGUACAAGCAUCCCGCCUGCCUGCCCUUCGACGAUCAGCGUUACAGUUCCUUCAUAGCCGUGGGCUGGGGCAGCACGGGAUUUGCUGUGAAACCUUCCGCGAAGCUGCUGAAAGUAAAACUGGAUCGCUACGAGGAUUGGGUUUGCCAGAAGGUUCUCUCGCGACAACUUGAGGAAUAUCCCCAUGGCUUUGAUGCCAGCACUCAAGUGUGCGUGGGCUCCGAUAGGGCACAGGACACCUGCAACGGCGACUCGGGGGGUCCUAUAUUGAUGUACCAUCAGAAUUAUCUCUGCAUGUAUCAUGUGAUGGGCAUCACUUCGGCGGGUCUGUCUUGCGGCACGCCAGGAAUACCCGGCAUCUACACGCGUGUCUACCGUUAUCUGGAUUGGAUAACACAAACGAUAGCCAAAUAUUGAAUGAAUGACGGUGCAUGCUAUGGAAAUCUACCUCUUAUAUAAUUAGUUUGAUUAAACUUGCGAA